GCCAUACUGGAUAUGCUUUCGGUGCUGGAGCAACGUAAGUGCGAGGCUAUUUUGCUUACCUUCAAACAAGUGUCCAAGUACUUUGAAGACGUCUUUCAUGAACUCGUUCCCGCCGGAAGCGCCAGCCUAAUUAUGAAGACGGGUGGAAACGAAGACCCGAAUUAUGAUACAACGACGCAGGUCGACCAGUUCACUGGUGUUGGUAUAAAAGUGACCUUCAGCGGCACCGAUGAAACAAAGGACAUGCAGCAGCUCUCUGGUGGCCAGAAAUCUCUCGUAGCUUUGGCUUUGAUAUUUUCGAUUCAAAAGUGCGAUCCUGCUCCCUUCUAUCUUUUCGACGAAAUCGAUGCCGCUUUGGAUUCGCAGCAUCGUAAAGCCGUAGCUGACAUGAUCAGCAAGCUAUCGAAGAAUGCUCAGUUUAUUACGACUACGUUCAGAAAGGAGCUUCUGGUAAAAGCGGAUAAGUUCUAUGGAGUUCGUUUUCGAAAUAAGGUAAGUCGUAUAUCUGCAUUCACAAUAGUAACAUGUCGCGUUAGCCACAUCGAUUGUGUAACUGCCGAAGAGGCUGCUGAUUUCGUCGAAGACGAUGCGACACACGUAUAG